AUGGCUGCACAAAGGAGGAGGAGAUUAAGAGCGACAAUGCAAAACUUGAUGGUAAGCUCUCCAAAAGAAGAAAACAACAAAACAACAACAUCUUUGAUUGACAAAUUAAUGGGUUUACUACGAGUCCAUGUCAAACGUGGCGUAAACCUUGCUGUUCGGGAUGUUCGAAGCAGUGACCCUUACAUUGUUUUUAAGAUGGGCCACCAGAGACUCAAGACUCGUAUAGUAAAGAAGGAUGUAAAUCCUGAGUGGAAUGAAUAUUUAACUCUGUCCAUAACAGAUCCUAAUAUUCCAAUCGAACUGACUGUGUACGACCAUGGUACAUUUACUAAGGACGACAAAAUGGGAGACACUGAAUUUGAGGUUAGCCCAUAUAUAAAAGCCUUGAAAACACAUACCAAUUUGGAUGAAAUCCCAAAUGGAACUGUGUUAUCAAGAUUACAACCAAGCGCCUCCAACUGCCUGGCUGAGGAGAGUCUCAUAUACUCGAAGGAAGGGAAGAUCGUCCAAGAUCUUAUCCUCAGAUUACGAAAUGUAGAGUGUGGUGAAGUAGAAAUUCAACUCGAAUGGAUUCACUUUCCUGGAUCUAAAGUCUUCCUAAGUCGAUGAAUAUUUUUUUUGUUUG